GAGAGAGAGAGAGAUGUCGCCCUCUUACUGCUUGAAGGAGAGUAAACCAUGUGUGGGUUGGGUUGAGAAAUACUUCAAUGAUUGUCUAUGCAAUAUCAAAGAUGAAAUCUCGUUCGGCUUCGGUUUCAUCAGUCUAAUAUGUUGGGGAAUCGCAGAAAUUCCUCAAAUAAUCACCAACUUUCGCACUAAGUCCAGCAAUGGAGUCUCCCUAGUCUUUCUCCUCACUUGGGUCGCCGGCGACAUAUUCAACCUGGUGGGUUGUCUUCUCGAACCAGCUACGUUGCCAACCCAAUACUACACAGCUCUGCUUUACACUAUCAGUACGAUCGUAUUAGUGCUACAAAGCUUCUAUUAUGACUACAUCUAUAAAUGGUCCAAGCGUCGUCACCAGAUCAAAAACGAAGAGGCUCAUGAAGAAGAGAAAAAACCAUUGAAACCGAAACCAGGCCACGAAUGUGGGAUUCCAAUACAAAAUGGCAGACCCGAAGCAACACCUCGACGGGAGUAUUACUAUACAUCAGCGAGAUCAUUGGCUGGUAUUGGUACUCCACCAUUUGGUACCUACAUGAGAGCUGCUAAAAGUGGCCCUCCAGCUAUGGAAUUGAAUGAUGAUUCGUCUUCUGAUGACGAGGCAUCUCUUGUUCCUCUUACAAAGCCUAUACCCAUCCCUCGUUCUGUGGCUGGAAUCUAUGGAACUUUUCUAGCAGCAUCGAUUUACUUGCCCAUGAGCGGUAAUGCUUUGAAAGAGGGAUACAUUGGAUUGAGAGGAAGAAAACUAGUCUUGCAGGAGCACCACACACACAGUGUUUUGGGUCAAUGGUUAGGAUGGGUCAUGGCUGCAAUCUAUAUGGGUGGCCGGUUUCCUCAAAUAUGGUUGAACAUUCAAAGAGGAAGUGUUGAGGGCUUAAAUCCUCUCAUGUUCAUCUUUGCACUUAUUGCUAACGCAACUUACGUUGGAAGCAUUCUUGUACGAACUACCGAAUGGGAAAGCAUCAAAGCUAAUAUGUCAUGGUUGUUGGAUGCUAUAGUUUGCGUGGCAUUGGACCUAUUUAUAAUAUUGCAGUAUGUACACUAUAGUUACUUUCGGAGGAAAGCGGCAAGUGAUGAUAGUGAUUAUGGAGACUACACAGAAGCGGGAAAAACUGCUGUGUCUUGAUUUGUGAAGUUGUAACCGAUAUAUACGUUGAUUUGAAGAAUGGUUACCUUUCGAAAAU